AUGUGGUUUCUACGCCUCGAGUCAGUAAUGGGACCACAACACCAGGGGGAUCAGAUCCAGUACAAUAUGGUAAUGAGCAAGUUGGACAAGGAGGAGCUCAGCCAAGUAAGUGAUCUCAUAAGCAAUCCACCGGACCAAGAACGCUACACUGCACUAAAAACCAGGCUCCUCAGAGUUUUUCAAACCAGUGCCGAGGCCCAAUUUAACAAAAUCGUGUCGGAAAUGGAAUUAGGGCAGCAGCGACCAUCUCAGCUGCUAGCCAAGAUGAAUGAGCUCGCGAAGAACUCCGGUGCUGAAGGCGACACGCUUAAAAUUUGUGGCUAG